AGAAAAAGAGAUGAAUAAAAUAAUAAUAAAAGGAAAAGAAAAGUAAAACCCGAACUCAAAACCCCGAAUAUCAUUUGCUUUGCCUCAGCCACUGAAGGAGUCGUAUCUGGGAGUAGCAGAGCAGAGAAGGCAGAAAACAAUGGCGGCAAACUCCGAGGAGAAUCCGAGUCCUGGAUCGUUCCGGCUAUUCUCCUCCUUGUCUGACGAGAAACCCAAUUUGAAUUUAGGGUUUGGGUUUUUCGAUCCUUCAAACGAGCCUCGCCCGUCGCCACCUCCGUGUGUUGAAGUACUUUCCUCCGAGGUUUCAUCGUCUGUGAAGUAUACUGUGGAGCCAGUGAACUUGGAUGGACUUACAUUGCUCAAGGGCCGUGUUAGGACUCGAGAGGUUUUUGCUUUGUCCAACUCUGAUUUAGUCCCUGGGAAAUAUGAAGGUGGACUAAAGUUAUGGGAAGGUUCGCUAGAUCUAGUUAAAGCCCUUCGCUCUGAGGUAGUAAAUGGGAAUUUAGCACUUAAAGGGAAGCGAGUUUUAGAGCUUGGAUGUGGUCAUGGACUUCCUGGUAUCUUUGCAUGCCUCGAGGGUGCAGCUGCUGUACAUUUCCAGGACUUUAAUGCUGAAGUCCUGCAAUGCCUAACCAUACCCAAUGUGAAUGCAAACCGUCCAAAAAGAGCUCAGCCUUCAGAAACAAAUGUGACAAGUUGUGACACAGAGUCUGAAGUUCGUUUUUUUGCUGGUGACUGGAGUGAAAUAGAUAAAAUUCUUCCUCAUGAACAUGGCACCGGGGACAAUGCAGACUUCAGUUCAGGGUGUAAUCCAGUUUCAGGUUAUGAUGUUAUUUUAAUGGCAGAGACACUUUACUCCAUCUGCGUUUUCCAAAAUCUCUAUGAACUUAUAAAGAAGUGCAUGAGCUCUCCACAUGGACUGGUGUACAUGGCAGCAAAGAAGCACUAUUUUGGGGUAGGUGGGGGAACACGACGAUUCCUAUCUGUGGUGGAGAAAGAUGGUCUUAUGGAUUUUAGCAUGGUUGCUGAAGUUGCUGAUGGUUCCUCUAAUGUACGAGAGGUAUGGAAGCUUUCAUUCAAGUAGGCUUGGAAUCACUUGGAACACUAAUGCCUUCCUGGAAUGAGACCAUUUUUUCCUAAUUCAUUUGUGCUCUGGGCCAAAUUUGCCAGCAUAGCCGUCCAUACGAAGAAUUAAUUUCAACAGAAAUUACUCUAUGCAAAAAGAAGGAAUGUAAUGUAAAAUAUGUACCAAGCUUAGAUAACUUCCUUUUAUUUUUCUUGUUUUGCUUUGCACUUUCUUCUCUGUAAAUUCUUUUGUACCAUAUUUUGGGUUUUUGCAACAAGGCUCAUGCUGCUAACCCUAAAUAGUUGGGAUGAUAUUAAGUUUAUUUUUCUAAAAGUUGUUUAUUUUUUAAGUAGUUGGGGAUCUUAAAUUCUCUUAUCCAUUACAUUUGUUUUGGUUUCUUUCA